UAUUGUUUUUUUUUUCAGCAGUCGGCAUUUUUAGUUUUUACUUUCAGUUUGCGAUAAUAUGCAACCGUGUUUGUGCUGUCCGCGUUUGGUCCGCGUAAUCGCACAGAUUAUUUUUCACGAUUCGCGGAUUUUUAUUACCCGAAGAUUUCCUUUUUUUGUUUGCUGUUACAAUCACCGAUUAAAAUCCGUCACAGGUACCCGCGCAGAGUGUAAUAUUUAUUUAUCGAUUUUUUUUUUUCUGGGUUCAUUCCACCGCUAUGGAUUUAACAAUAUCGUCCGUGUUGCUAAGCUAUUUGUGCCGUUUGUUGUAUUAAUUUUGUAUUAUUUGGAACGUGCUUAGUUAACAUUCUUUUUCGUUCUUCCUAUAGGUAUUCGUUAGUCAGUGUUAACCGUGAAUCGUGCUGCCUACGUUAUCUAUACGGUUUCGUCGUCGCCGUCCGCCAAGAUCCACUUUCCAAAAAUGGACCACACGAGUUACGACGAAGGUAACGUAAUAAUACUAUUAUUUUGUUGAACGUAGGUAUACGAAAGGCUAUGAGUUAUUAUCGUGUAAUUAGGAGAUUGUAUCCAGCAUAGAUAGUUCGUCUCUAUAGUAUAAUAUAGGACCACCUACCCAUAAUAAUUAUAUUAUAUUAAUAAUUAUUCUAUUACAAACUUCCUCUUAAGCUUUCUUAUUAUCCAACCACUACCUAGUACCUAUUAUUAUCAUUAUGAUUAUACUUAUUCAUUUUUUUCUAGAAUAUUGAUAAAUCGCUGUUUGGGAUGCGAAAAAUCCAAGGUCGAUUUCAGGCAGUCUCUACGCUACUUAACAAUCGUCUAGUCUGUUUGCAUUCUACACGUAGGUCGUAUUUUAUGUUUUUCACUCAAAUUUCCCAAAAAAUUUGUUUGUCCGUUUUUCUUUUUAAUAUAUUUAUAAUCUAUCAUUUCGCUUAUAUAUACUGCAGUAGUUUGCUACUUAAUACACAAUAUCCACUCCUAAAUUUAUAGAAUAUAACCUAACAACGUUUUGAAACUAAAAGAAAAUAUUCUUUUGCAUGAAUCUAAAGUACUGAAUCUAGAAAAAAUAAGGCACAGCAAAAAAAAAAAAAAUGUAGUACCAUUGAUUUUAUUUUAGAUAAUAUAUUAUAAAACCAAUGGUAAUAGUAUAUUUUAUACAUUUUUAAUAUUAUAGAAAACCAAAAUUGAAAAGUAGGUACCUAUUUAAAUAAUGUAGGUAUGUAUACUAGUGCCUCUAGUAUUUUCAGACUUUUAUAUUAUGCAAUAACAGAUAUAAUAAUAUAGUAUAGGUACCUAUCGACUAACUUAUUUUAUAUUAUAUUAGAAGUCCUUAUAUAAAUCUAAGUUAUACACUAUUUCAUGCAUUAAACUGAUCAAUCAACAAAAAAUAUAUAUUGUUAAUGUCUUUCUACCUAUUACUUUAUAUACUUGAGUAUUCUAUGAAGUCCUUAGAAGUUACAAGAUAUUAAUUUUAUAUAUAUCUUUGAAAUUACCUAUAUUAUAGCCCAUUUAAAUAUUGAAUCAUAAUCAUUACAUUAUACAUUGUAAUAUAUAGCCCAAUAAGGUAUAUUAUGAUUUCAUUUUAAUAUCAGAUUUACCUACUGUUUAUGAGUUAUUUAUAGCUUAUAACAAUUAGACUGGAGAAGUAGGAAAGGGUAACAAAUUGCAUAGCUAUUUUUAAAUCUCUUCUAUAUUCCUCUGGCUCAUCCUCCGGUUUAAACUUUAAACUAAUAAAUAUUAAAAGAUAAAUCUCAUAUUAGUGUUAUGCUUAUCAAAAUUUUUAGCUAAAUAUUCUCUUUAUAAGUCUUCAGCUGAAAGAAGGAGUUUUGCUAUUUAAAACUCUUGAUCUCACAAAUAAGGAAUAGAGUAGAAUAGAGGUGUAAAAAUAAUAUUAAAUAAAGCCUAAACGAUUCCAUAAAGAUUUAAAAAUAGAAAUCAAAUUCACUUAAAAUCAUCUGAAAAAAAAAAAAUUGGUUAAUAAUAAAAUAAUCACCUUUUGUACUCCGUAAAUUAGAAUUUCUAUUAAUUAGGUCUACCUUUUAAGCAAUUAUCCAGAUCAGGCAUAUCCACUGAAGAUUGGCUUGUUGCUGCAGGAUCUAAAAGUAUAGAUAGUUUGUGGAAAGCGAUUUAAAAAUGAAGUACAUUCCUUGCUUUACUCAGAAUCUAAUAUCCAAUCACGUAAUAAUUUACUUGGUAAAUAACCAAACAAAUAUUACCUAAGAUGCUUUUAAUAUUUGGACAUUAUUUCCAUUACCCAAAAGUCCUAUCAGAAAGGUAUGAAAAAUUAAAAAUCCAAAAUUAGUAUACAUACUAAUGUUACAUAUAUACUUAAACAAAUGAAUCCAUUUGAUUUUGAAUGUUAGUCCCAGUAGGUGUUUGUUUAAGUCCAAUUACAAGACAUGGCUAUGGAAUAGUACAAAACUCCUAAGACAUGGGAGUUCAGACAGUUCAUAAACUGGUAAUAUUCCAGAAAAUAUGGGAAGAAUAUCCCAUCUAAAUUAAAUUAAAUUUUCUACUAGAAACUUUUUUUGAAUCUGAUGAUUGGAGCACAAUUUAUAGUAGAAAAGUUGUUUAAUGACUGAAAAAAACACAUAAUAUAUUAGAAUCUAAUAGAAUCAUUGCUUUGUUCAGAAUCUUAACUUGUCUUAGGUACCUACCUACCUAGGUAUAAGCAUUAGUUUUAGAAUUCUAAAAUCAAUAAUAUAAGAUUUACCUAUAUUAUAUUUCAAUGCGACUUGAUUAAUUUAUUAAUUUGACUUAGGGAAUUUCAGACUACUCACUUUAUUUUGCUUAUAAUGCUUUUGAGGUUCCUAACAUAAAUUUGAUUCAGUCUUAUAAUUUGAUUUCCCGAGGUAUUUCCUGUUUAUAAUGACAGUACCUACCUACCUAUUUCUUUUAAUAUACUCUUUUUGCAAAUGUUUUAGGUAGGUACCUAACAAAUUUCUAAUAUGUACGUAUAAAUACCUUUUUAAAUUAAAUAUUUUCCUUUUAAUUUGAUAUUAUUGGUUUAUUCUUAUUUCAAAAAUAUCAUAAUUAUUGAAUUAUAUAGGUAUCUAUUUUAAACUACUGUUUUGAGUUUUACAUUUUUAUAAUACAUAUUUUUAAUAAUAUUUAAUUUGUUAAAAUUGAGUACAUUUUAAUUUGAAUUAAUAUGAUUGUGUUUAUGUUUUGCCAUAGAAUAUCCAAAAGAAAAUGAUAUUAUUGAACUGUUACCUUGUUUAAUAUGUAAUCGUUCAUUUCGUCCAACUUUAUUACCACGUCAUUCGGCUAUAUGUCAAAAAAACGCCAAAAAGCGUAAAGUACCAUUCGAUUCAUCUAAACAACGUAUCAAAGGUACUGAAAUGGCCGCAUUUUUACCAAUAAUGAAACAAAAACAAGAUCCAUACGCCAUUAUUGUGAAACCUAAAACAAACUGGAGAGAUAAACAUGAAGAGCUUAUCAGAGCUGUAAAAUCAGCAAGAGGCGAAAAAAAUGAUAAUAAAUCUAUUCCAUCAAAACCUGUUGAUUGUGAAACAUGUCCUUACUGUAUGCGUAAUUUUGGACCAAAGUCAUAUGAUAGACAUGUAGAAUUUUGCAGAGAAAAAGCUCAAAGAAGACCCUCUGCACCGGUAAUAAACCUUUCGGCCAAAGAACGGCUUGAAGCAAGAACAAAAGUUAGUGUAUAUCAUGUUUAAUUUAAAAGAUUUUAGUUUAUAAGUAUGUGCCUAUCUUUUUUUAUUUUUGUUUAAAUAAAUUAUUUCAUAGCUUUUAAUUUUGAUAAUUAUUUUUAAUUGUUUAUGUUUAGUACCGGGUGCCUCCUAUUAAAUCACAACGUACAGUUACUAAAGAGAAAUAUUCUCCAAAAAAUAAAAUUUCUGCUCAAGAUGUUUCAAGCAGGACAUUGAAAGUGAUACAACCAUUAAAAAAUGUAAAAAAACCAAAUCCUUCAACAAAUGGAAGUCUGUGUAAGUAUAAUUUAUUAAGUGUGUCUAAUAUCUAUUAUGCCUAAGCUUUAGAAGUAUUUUAUACAAUAUUAAAUUUAUUAAAACUUCCCCCAAUAUAAUACAUAUAUACCUUGUUCAACUUAAGAGUAUUCCCUUUUGCGCAUACGUGACUGACAGCUGAACAUUGCCGGACUCCCUAUUUUAUAGAUCAGAAACAAUCGUUACUGAUUGUACAAUUCUGUAUGCUGCGCGCUGUCGUCAUGUAUACAGCAAAUUAUAAUAUCUAUAAUACAUAUCGCGAAAUAAAUCGUAAUAUACACGCAUACCUAUACUAUUUCAGUCAAAUUAAUGGGCAACACAGAAAAAAUACAUUACUUAAAAGAUAAUUAUAGCGUUUAUUCAAAUUAAAACAACAUUUGUGUGAGAAUAUAUAUGUAUGCUGUUAAGCCGUUAAAAUAAAAUGUUAUCAAUAUUUUGUUCUCUACAUAUGUUGUAUAUCAUGUGUAUGAGCGUUGGCAAGAUAGGCGGUUGAGUCAAUGAAGUGGUACCGAUAACCUGUAGUGGGAAAACGGAUGUGUUUUCAUCCACUGCCGGGUAUGCUCUUAAGUUGGAUUGGGUGUAACUUACUUAUUCAAUAUUUAAAAAUGUGUAUUGUAAAUUUGUGACAUUCAAUUGUUUUAUUUACGAAAGGACUUUUCUUAAAAUGAUAAAAAUUAUUAUGUAAUUUAAGACAGUAUUAAUUUAACAUACCUAAUUGAACAUUUGUUUUGUACUAUAGUAGUGGAGAUGUAAAAUAAUUUGUUUUCUUAAACAGCUAAAAGAGAUCUCAUUGUAUUAGUUAUAUUUAAAUAUCUAUUUGUAUUUUCUCUCUGUAUGUAAACUUUAUAAUAAAACAUAUGUUAUUUUAAAGGAAGAGCAAUAUUUAAAUAUAGAACUCUGUCAUUAACUGUGUAGACAAAAAUGGUACUGCACAUAUAAUACCUAAGUAUAGUUACAUAAACAAAUAAAAUACCAUAUUUAUAUUUUUUUUUAUACAUAUAUAUAUAUUUAUUUAUUUUUACAGCCAAUAUCCCUCGUCAAUCUUCCUCAGUGUUAAAAAAUAAAGAUCAAAUAUCAAAAAGUCUCUAUGGGUAAAUGUUGUUGUUAUAAUAUAUAUUUUAUUAUUUCAUUUUAAUAAUACUUAAUCCUCUCUUAGUAAUAGGAAUGCGAUAAACUUACCUCAAAAACCAGUAGUUGUGAAAAAAGACACAAUUAUGAAAAAGUCUGAAUCUGCUUAUAUGCUUAGUUCUCGUAAUCAACUAAAACGAGGAACUAUUCAAACUAUCAAUAAUUAUGACAAAAAAAAUAUGUCGAAGUCGUGAGUGAAAAAAAAAGAUAAUUUGUGUUGAAAUAAGUUGAAUAAGUUAAUUUUUGUAUACUUGAAAUAUUUUAUCUUAGUCCUGCAAAAAAAAAAAAAAAGUUUUUCAUUGUCUAUAGGUAUUAACUAAAUAACUUUAUUUAUCCAACUUUCCCAACUACUCAAUUACAAGAGUAGCUGCACCCGUCCCCAGUAUUAGCUCUUUUUAUUUUUUAUACCUACUGUAUUUGAUCCAAUAUUGGAAAGGUAGGAUAUAGAGAACAAUUUAAUUUAUAUCUGUUCGCAAUGGUAAACCAUUGGUAAUGAAAAAAACAAUUCAGAGUGAAGUUUCUUUUAUAAAUUUACGUAUAUUUUCCCAUUUAUUAUAAAAACCACUUGAAAAAUCAAUAAAUUACCUCUCUAAAUUUACUAACUAUAUUUCAGAUAGAGUGCUACACUUUUAAACUUUUACCUUGAUAAGUAUCUAUGAGUAGGAUUUCUAGUAGAAUAUUUUUCACAGGAAAAAAAUAAUAAAAGAACCAGAGAACUUGCUUCAAUUUUUGUUCAAUGUUUUAUCAUUGCUUACAAGUAUACAUUAAAUUACCUAUAACAAUGGCUGCACCAGUUCCCAUUAUCCUAGGGCUUUUUGUUUUUGUAAUUAAUUCAUUAUAUCAAAAUGCGACAAAUGUAAGGUAAUUAUUUAAAUAUUUCUGUACAAUCGAUGAUGUUUACUUUCGGAUUUCGGACAAUUUUUUUUACGUUGCAGUCUGUGUUUUGUUUGUCAGUAGUGAUUAGUCGCAGUCCACAAUUUUCAUAUAUUUAUUUAUUUUUUCUACCAUUUGAUACAUGUUGGUACCAUACUAUAUUUUUUAUUAAGUACUUACUCACUUUAUUUUUAAUUGACACUAAACUGUAGCUUGUUAAUAUGUAAUAUGUUUGUUUUAACCUUGAUUAUAUUAAGGAAUAAAAUUUACUUUUAAAGCCAUCAAUUCCAUAACUACAGAUCUUAGUAAAAUAAUAUCAACAAUAAGAAAUUUUGGUCAUAAUAUUAUAUUUUUCAAAUAUAAUAUUAUACUUUUUAAUAAUACAUAACAAUUAAUUAUUAUACAAUUUUUAACCAUAACAACACAAUUCAGCUUAUUUAAAAUGGUCAAUAUUAGUCUAUGCUAAUUAUAUUGUUUGUUAAUUGUAAUUAUAAUUGUUUCAGACAACCUCAUUUGGAUAGCUAUGAUCCAUUCAAAUCAGCUGAACGCCAAAUGAAAGAACUCGAAUUAGACUCUGUAGACAUUGGUAUUAAAAAUCCAUUGAAUUGUACUCCAACAGAUAAUAUUGAAAAUCUUCAAAUAUCUCCAAUGUCUGCGUUUGUCAAAUAUUCUCCAAAUUCUUUGUUGACGACUCCGGAUAAUGUUGAAAAUUUAUAUUCUGAUGAGUUUCACACCGAGACUAAUCUCAACAAUCACCCGUUACAUAGUUUAAGCAAUUUAAGUUUGUGUUCUAUUGUUAGCAUUGAAUCUGCUGAUUUUAAUAAUAAAACUCAAAAUGAUGUAAUGCAGUGUAUAGAAACACCAAAAAGUCCCUCAAAGCGAAAUGUUAUUCUCAAUCCUAAAAAGCAAUUAGCUAUCGAAAAUAUGCUAUAUGGCGAUAAUAACAAAAAUAAAUCAAAUCUUAAAUUUGACCUGGCUGAACAAGAGCUGUUGAAAUCAGUAUCUGAGUUUGAAAACUUGUUAAAAUUAACAGAUGAUGAUGACAUAGUAUCACCGUCAUUCAAUAGGACUUCUGCUCUUAGUAUGAUGAAUGGUAUAAAUAUUAAUAGCAGUGCUGAUUCGGCUUACGGAAGGUAAGGCCUGAGCGAUCAACAAUGUUUCAAAAUGUCGUGGGGCACUUGCACGGUUUGACCAGAUUUCGAGCGGAAUCUGACACUUACUGAUUUAUAUGAAAAUCAGUCUAACACGGGUAGUUAACACAUUAAAAUUAUUAACAUAAUAUUUAAUAAUAAUAUAAAUGAUGCUAAAUAGCCGAGCAUCCAUGUCACUAACUAGAAUUUGAUAACAUAUAUACUGUAAAGCCAUCAACAAUUCUAUUUAGUUGCCUGGUCAUUUUAGCUGUGACUAUAAACUGUUUCGGCUGUUUAAGCAACACAUCUAAUAUUUUAGUUUUAUAAUAAUAGCACUAUAACACAAGUUAAUUUUUUUUUUGCUUAUUUUAUUUGAAAGUGAACAUUUAUUAAAAAAAAUAAUAUUUAAUAACUCUUAUAAAUAAUAUAUUUAUUAAUAUAUUGUAUACACAAUUUUCUNACAAUUCUUUUGCAAAACUCAGAACGUUACGUUACAGUAUGGGCAACGCUAAAAAAUACAUUUCAUUGUAAUUAUAAUAUAAAAUUGAUCUUGUAAUUCAAAAUAUUAAAUUUUUUACACUAAAUUAUUAAAAGAAAAUAAAUUUUUAUUCAAAUUUGUCUUUAACACAAUAACACAUUAAAAUUUUAAUACACUAUAUAGUGCAUUUCACUCCAAUAGUAACAACAUUUUUAAGUUGAAUAUACUUUAAAUAAAAUAAGAGUUCUUUUUAUGAAAAUCUAUAUAACUAUAUUAUAUAAAAAUACACAUUUUUAUUUAUUAAUUAUUAAAAUAUUCAUUAAUACAAAAUUACCUGUAGAAAUAUUGUUAACUGAUAAAAAAAAAUUAAUAAUCAUCAUUGUAAAACCAUAAGCUUCUUCGCUCCACUCAGAAUCUAAAAUAUAAGUUUUAUUGCGUAUAGGUGUAUAAAAAUAAGCCUCUCAAGAAUUAUUAAUAUUCACAUGUUUAUCAAUAUAGUUUUGAUUUCCUGACACUUUAGGUUAUUCUAUUUUCAUGGAACAUAUUUUUAUAUUCUUAUGCUUACACUAAAAAAAAGAAGACCUUAUGUGUAUAUAUUUUAAAAAUAUAUUUAUCUUUGAAAUUGUACACAUUAUAUAAUUAUAAUAGGUAUGCGAUUGUUGAAUAAACUUUUUAGAUUCUGAGUGAAGUGAAAAAUUGAUUUUACAAUGUUUAAUUUUUUUUUUCUUUACUGUUUACAAAAUGUCUACCAGAGAUCUUGCUUUAAUUUUCAUGUGUUAUUUUAUUAAAUUUUAUUUAGUUAUUACUUCAGAGAAGUCAUUUUUUGAUUUCCUUAGCAUUUAACCAAAACAUUUUCAGAAUAAUGCUCAUUUUCAAUUUUGUUUUUCUUGUAAUUCAGUUUAAAAUGUUUGUAGAAACUUGAAAUUUGGACAGAAAACUUCGCUUAGAAUCAUUAUUCGUUAGCAAUGAUUAAUUGUUAUAUACAGAUAUACAUUAAAUUUCCCUCUGUAUUCUACUUUCCUAACAUCACACCUGUAAUAAUGGCUCACUCAUCGUAUGAAGUAUAUCCGUAUUUUUAUUAAUUAUUUUGUGUUUGUUUAAUUUAACAUAGUCAAGUAAAUUUGUAUAGGUACUACAAUUUAAUACUUGGUGUCAUUAUAUUUUAAAUUUUUAGUUCAUAAAUAUUCAAACUACCUAACUGCUAAAAAGUAAAAAUAUGCGUUCAUUUACCACUGCAUUUAGAUUUAGUGCUAAAAUUAAUUUCUUUUUUCACAGUAAUAUAAACAUUUAAAUUGUUGAAUAGAAUAUUGAAAUAAUAUCUUAUAUAUACUAUUUCCUCUUAAUUUAUUAAUUUAUUCAUUUUUUUAUCUGUUACAGCUUGAGUAGAAAAUCAGAGCAGAUGACUACUGAAAACUAUUUAACACAUAGUAUGAAAACUGCUAAAUUUUGUCACGAAUGUGGGUUUAAAUAUCCAAUUGCUGAUGUGAAGUUCUGCACUGAGUGUGGCAUGCGGCGUAUAAGUUCAUGAUUAGGUUUUAAUACAAUGACACUUUCUGUGGCUUGGUGCAAAAAAAAAAACAAUAUUGAAAAUUAUAAUUGGAAGUUGAAAAAAAUAUAUUUAUUUCCAAAAAUCUAACAUCAGGUUUUUAAUUAUUUUUCUUCUUCUCCUUCACCUUCAUCCCAAUUAUUUAGAGUCAGCCACCCUCAUUCUAAACUUCCACUUGACCCAAUCUCCCAUCUUGCACGCACCAACUAUCAUUAUAUCAUUUUCAUUCAAUCUCAUCUAACCACCCUCUAUUUUGGUCUUUCAAAUAGGACUAUAAUUAUUAUUGUAAUACAUUUUGUUUUUUUUACAUUGGCUCAUUUUUCGCCAAGCCACAGAUUUAUAUUGAUAAAUCAACUAACUGUUAGCCGAGAAGUACACACUUAUCAUUAAUUAAUACAAAAUGUGUAAUAUAUUUUUAUAAUUUUAUAUUUGCAACAUUAAUAAACUAACAAUAAUUUUAAACAUUAAUAAAUACUAUUUCAUUAAUUUUACUUAACCUCUGAGACUGAUUUUAAAAAUUAAAUUAUUUUUAAUGUGACAUGUCAUUUAUUUUAUUUAUAUUUUAUUAAUUUAACAGAACCAAAGUAUUAAAAAAUAUUUAUUUUUAUUAAUAAGGGCAAUUUUCAACAUUAUAACAAGUUACUUUUUUGUAAUAUUAUAUUAAAUUUUAAAACUUUUAAACCUUUUUAACGUCUAUUCGUCUUUGUAUUCUUUAAUUUUUCAAUUCUACACUAUUCAAAAUUUUAACACAAUUUACUUCUUUAUUUUAUAUGUUAAUGUGUUUAAAAAUAGGAACACAACUUGAAUAUAAUUUUGUAAAAUCCUACAAUUUUUUAAAUUACUGUUAUAUUUGAUUUUCAUUAUUUGUUUUUAUAUUUCAAAAAAACAAUAUUUAUAGUGAUUUUCUUUAUUACUUUUCUACCCCUGUAUUGUUUUACAACCAAUUUAAAUUUGUAUUGUUUCAUAAUUAAAAAAUGUUUUAUUGCCAAAUUUUUACGAAUUCUGAUCAUUUUAAUCUAUUAAGAAGGUACUUACUAACUUAUAAUUCUACUUAAUUAGUACAAAAAUAAUGUAAAGAUUUUUUUAUGAAAUGUUAUUUAUUUAAUUUAAUUGGUUUUUAAUAAUUAUUUAUUAUUUAUUAAUUAUUAAUAUUUAUUCUCAAAAAUAGUUCCAAAAUAUGGUGCUAAAACAAUUUUAUGUUUAUGCUUAAAAAAAUACUAAAUGUUUCAUUACAAUAUUAUAUAUUAAUUGGAUUUAAUACUAAUUUAGAAAAACAAUUAUUAAAAAAUUGAUUUCUGAAUUGGCACUGCAUACCUUGGUUACGCGUUUUAAUUUAUUGAUUUUCUUUAAUUUGUACCUGCAGUUAACCAAAUAGUUGUAUAAGUGUUACCAAUUAGUGUAAGUGUGGUGAAACAUAUUUUUAACAUUAAUUAUAUCAAUAAUAAUACCUAUUAAUAAUUGUAACUGCAAAAGUAAAACAUACAAACAGAAAAACAUUGACCUAGACAUGACUUGAUUGGCUGUAAAUUUGUUUUCAUUAUUAUUACUUUGUCAUAUUAUAUUGCAAAAAUUGCAUUCCUCUGUUAAAAUGACAUUAAUUAAUUUAGAAAAAAAAAACUUAUUUUUAACAACUAAACUUUUAUCAUUUAUUUGUGUAAUAAUAUAUAAUAUACCUAUAUAUAUUUUUUUAUAUUUGUAUAAUUAUUUUGUAUGUUCGGUUUACUUAAUUUGGUAUUUAAUAACUUUGUUUACAUAGUUAAUUUUAGUCACUCUGUUGUAAUGCAAUUUUAUUAAUUUUUUACCAAAGGCCGUGCCAUUUGAUUUUUUGGUAUUAUUAAAUAUGAAAAUGUUAAAACAAAUCUUGUCUAUUAUUUUUUUUUUUUUUUGUAAAAUCUGACAAUGAAAUAGAAUGUGAUUUAUGAAAUACAAGGCCGAUGGAAAGAGUGGGAGCAACUGGAUAAAAAGCAACUGAAUUACAGCUAUUGGGUGGACGGCUGACCGGCAGACGUGCAACGAUGUUAAUUGUUAUUAUUUUUUUAUAGUUAAGUAUUAAUUUUUUUUUUUUAUUAUUUAUUAUUUUAAAAUGUUUCAGCACAUUAGGUGCUAUUACAAGUACAAUAGAUUAAAAAUGUGGUUUAAUAUUUACAUUUAUUUUAAGAUAAUAAUGCUAUAAUGAUUCCUAAUUAAAGUUUAGUAUUUUUUGUUAAUUAUUCUUCAUCUUCCGACGAGAUCUCUUCAGUGUCCGUUAGGAGGGUGUCUUGAGGUAUUCGAGAUUGAAGUCGCCUAUUUUGGGUUUUUCUUCCUAGUUUGUAAAAACGGGCUCCUUUGGAGUCUUUCAGUUUGGCGUGGAAGUUUUUAUAAUGAGUUUUAAUCCAGAUAUUUAUUAGGGAUAUUCCAGUGUCAUUGUGUAUCUGGAGUAUUAAUUUUAAAACCUGUGACAACGGCUGACUACAGAAACAAAAUAUUGAAUCAAUAUUCGCUUGUGAUGGAGUAAUGUUCAGUAAUACAGUUUUUAUUUUUAUUUUUGUUAAUCAAAUAUAAAAUAUUUUAUACAGAUAUGAUUGAAAAAUGACAGAACUUGAUAUUGCAUAAUAUCUCUUCAAAUAUGUUUAAAAAAAUUGUAUAAUAACAUACAUUAAUACUAUGUCUACAAGCUGAACCCUACGAUCCCUAUGUGCAAGUAUAAAUAAAAAGUAAACGGUUGAAACGAAUGAAACUUAAGCAUGAAUAUCCUAGACCAGGGCUGCCAAACCUUUUGAACACUAUGUGUCAAAAAUUACCUUUUUUUUUUUUCCGAGCGUGCCAUGAAAAAUAUUUUGUUAUAUUGAAUAUUGUAAAAAAAAAUAUCGUAAUUUAAUUAUAUAAGUACUAAUGUAUUGGUAUAAAAUUAUAAUACCAUUGCUUUAUUAAUUAUUUAUUUUCAUGUGAUUUUUGUUGUUGAAUACUUGAUGCCAAUUUAUUGAUAUUUGGUUUAUAAUUAGUAACUUUUAAUAAAGUACAUGCGGCACUGCGUUCAUCAGAUAGUCGGUUUCUUAAAUCAGAUUUCAUAAAAUUCAUUUCUGAAAAUAGUAAAAAGUAAUUUCUGAAAACACGCACGACGCACUUACAAAUUGACAGACGUAUUUGUACUGACUAUUGUUUACUGAGGUAGGUUUAUUACUCUCAAUAAACGUAAAUAACAUACUAAACACAAUAUUAUAUAUUAUUUUUUAUCUUCAGAUAAAAUUGAAUAAACGUUAUUGACCGUUAAAAACCGUAUACUCAAAAUAUUUUUACCUAUUAUAUUACAUAACUAGCCGACCCGUUACGACUUCACCCGUGAUUGGUUGUUUAAUUUGCCUUCGGACGAUGAUAUAUACAAUUUUUUAUUCAAAUUCUAUCGUUUAAUAAUAUCGGCAAGUUAAUAUAAAAAACGGUUAAUGAAAACGUAUUGAAAUGUUUCUAGUGGGAUUAAUGACAAAUAUAUUUUUAUUAAAAAUGAAUACAGAAACAAAAGAAAUUAUGAGUAAUUAAUGGUUGAUAAAGAAUUUUAUAAAACUUCUGAGUAUAUGACGUUUUUUUGUUUUAUCUCCUGUUGAAAUUAAAAUCAUAAGAUGAUUCGGGUCCCCAGUUCGAGAAAAUCCCAUGUAUAAUUGUCCAUAUGAAAAACACUGUUCGAAGAUCUACGCCAACGUACCUGAAUGUUUGACCUUUGUUUAUCGUAAUUGCAAAAAAAACUUUAACAGGGAAUUGAGGCCGCUUGAAAGAAAACGGCAAGUCAGAUGGAAUCAUGGGAAUUCUUUGAAUAAAUUUCCGGCCGCCUUGCCGCACAAUAUAUUUAUAAUAAACUUAUUUUUCUGAUUUUAUUGUUCGUUAUUAAUUGUAUUUUGUUUUCAAAAUUUUAUUCCUUAUUAUAGAUUUGUAAAUCGUUACUGUUCAAUACAAUUUUAUUUAGCUGUGAAAGUAGUUUAUAAUAAUUAUGUGGUCCUUAAAAAAAAAAAGCAUUGAAGUAUUUUUCGUUCUAACCGAAGGCAAAUCGAAAAUUAAAAACAUGUCUGAUAUGAUGAACCUAGCAUUACAAGUACCUAACCUAUAUAAAAUGUAUGGGAUAAAAAAAAAUUUGAACUUGUGCAUUUUAUCUUAGGAUUCCGGUGAACACGAACUUACUACUGCUGUUGUCAGUGAAUCUGAACAUUUGAUUUGAGGUGUAUAUAUUCCAUCUAAAAAAUAAAUAAUAUGUGUUUUUAUUAAAACAAAAAUGGUUUUAAUACUAAUUGUUUUAUUUUGUUACCAUAAGAAUGAAUCAAUGUAACAACUUUGUCUCGAUCAAUUGCAUCUAAACCAGAAGUAGUUAUUAUGAGUUUAUAAAAUGGAGGACAUUUGAAUUUAUCAAAUUUUUCUUUAACAAUAUUAAUAUUAUGAGAUAGACUUUCUUCCCAAACAGCGU